AUGGCAAUUUCUAACAUUUACAAUGUAGAGGUAGUAGAGAGAGAAAUUGUAUUGCCUGCUCUACCGCUCCAGGAGCAUGUUCUUCCUUUCAGUAACAUAGAUCUAACAAUCCCUGCUCUUGCCAGUUCUCUCUCCAAUGCUCUUGUGUCUUUUGAUGCUUUUGCUGGAAGAUUGGUCAGUAAUGGUGUUGGGGAAACAGAGCUGGUUUGCAAUAACAAGGGUGUUGAAUUUGCAAAAGCUUAUGCACUCACUUCACUCGCUCAAGUGGAGUUCUGCAACCCCAUUGCAGCUGUAACAGAGUUUAGAUGUGGUGGGAUAGUUUGGGGCUGUACAUUCGAUCACAGGGUUGCAGAUGCAUUCUCUGCCAACAUGUUUUUCACAAAUUGGUCUAAUAUUUCUACAAACAAAAUGACCGAGUCUAUAAGUUCAAGCUUUACGCGUUCCAUUCUAGUCCCUAGAGAUCCUCCAAAUUGUUGUUCUGAAAUCAACAAAAUGUAUAUGAAACUGCAGCCUUUACCAAAACCCAUAAAACAAAUCCCUCAGCCUGCCAGAGCCAGUAGAAUAUAUUAUCUUGGUGCCAAAGAUAUAGAAAAGCUCCAACACAGUGCAAAUGAACAAGGCAACAAUUAUAGCAAAUUAGAAGCUUUUUCUGCUUAUUUUUGGAAACUGUUGAUACAAUGCCAAGAGAUAAAGGACACAAUAAAUUGCAAUAUACGCAUUGCUAUAGAUGGUCGCUCUCGUCUUAAGAAGAUGGGAUUGCCUGCUAACUACUUAGGAAAUGUUCUAUCAACCGCUUUUGCUGCAGGUAAUGCUAGUGCCAUCAAGGAGGAACCACAUAAUUGGGUUGCAAACCUAAUUCAUGAUGCAAUACAUAGCGCAGCAAAUGAAGAGUAUUUUCAAAGUUUAGUAGAUUUGGUAGAGAUGUCCAAGCCAUCAAUUGUGGCUCCCAGGGAUUUUGUAAAAGGUGAUGAACCAGUACUUGUGGUGUCUUCUGGGCUGCGUUUUCCCUUAUAUGAGAUUGAUCAUGGAUGGGGAAAAUCCAUUUUAGCAAGCUAUUUUUAA